AUAAAGCUGACUUGCGCCUACAACCAUAGUGACGAUACUUCGAUCCUUCGCAGUUUAUGUUGUAACACAGGCUUUAAAAGUUGAAGACAAGUAAAACCGAAUGUGCUAGGUUUAGCAGUUUUAAUUGAGAGUUAGUGCAAAAAAGGACGAUUGCCUUAACUUGUGUUUGUUAGUUCGCGCGCAAAAAGUGCAACUUAUAACUAUCCGUUAAACUGGGCGGGCGCGAUGUCGUUUUCCUCACCUAUCUACCUACCGCUUUUGUCACGUUUGGCUAGGCGUUCUACUACUUUUUCCACACGACACUGUGUUAUCACGCCAUCGGCCUCUCGGCGUAUGCGGCAAUUGCAAAUUCUUCUUUUUCUGGUUACCCUAUCUCUGGGACCUUCGCUGGUCGAAGGCCAUGGUCGCCUUAUGGAACCCCCUUCCAGAUCCUCCAUGUGGAGAGUAGGCUUCAAAACACCCAGAAAUUACAACGACAACGAAUUGUUUUGUGGAGGAUUCACGCGUCAAAUGCGGAACGGAAUGAAGUGUGGUGUAUGUGGCGAUCCUUGGGAUAUUCCAACUCCAAGGCCAAACGAAGCUGGUGGAAAGUACGCAACGGGACAGAUUUCCCGAUACUACCAGUCUGGGCAGGUAAUCGAAACUGCAGUCGAGUUAACAGCCAACCAUAGAGGCCACUUCCAAUUCAGGCUGUGUCCAGUCAACGACCCAAAGGUAGUCGCUGAUGAUGAUUGCAUGGCCAAAUAUCCGUUGGAGAUUGUGGAGGCAAUGCCCGAUAACCCUUACCUCUAUAAACUGCCUGACCGUAAUCAUCGUUAUCAAGUUCGCGUAAAGCUGCCAUCCAACCUUACUUGUUCACAAUGUGUCUUCCAAUGGACCUACACAGCCGGUAAUAACUGGGGCCGUUGUCCUGAUGGCGUAUCCCGCGUUGGAUGUGGUCCCCAAGAGACCUUCCGAGGGUGCUCUGAUAUCGCCAUUGGUUCCUCGUAUACUACAUCACUGAACCACGCGGGGCCACCACGAGUACAGCAUCCCAGUACCUCUAGACCGUGGAAAUUGAGCCCCAAUCACGGAUAUGGCAACAAAAAUCUUACAGCAACAUAUUGGCCAAAGACCAAGACCGUUAUUUGUAACUACAAAACAACCACAUAUAGGCCCCAAUCUGAGCAUACCGCUGGAAACAAUAUUGACUCCAGCAGGAUAAUGCCUGACCAUAAAAUAUGGAACACUUUGCCUUUCCAUAAACCAGGCUUAGAGAAGGAAGAGGGUCUGCCAAUGACUCCGUCUGAGACUAAAAUGCACGGCCAUUAUCCUGAACCCACAACAAGAAAGCCAUGUGCAACUGAACCUAGAGGCGAAACUACGGAAAUAAAAAACACUUCGCCACAAACACGUUUCUUACCUAAAACAGCACGACCACAUUGGAAUAGUAAGGUCACUACAUCGCAUCCCAGUAAUCGCGGCUUUGGUUGGGCUAAAAUGGGCACGGGUUCAAAUACCUUUGGAAGUUCACCGAAGCCGUCAACGACGCCAGCAUUGAAUAGCACAACAUUGAGGAAGGCCACACCUAUACAAAAUGAAAUUCCAUCGUCAGAGGGCUCAAACAAGAAGAAACGAUGCCUGGCAACGGGUAGGUAUGCGGGUUCGAAAAAGAUACUAGAAUGGUGCGAACUCAAUUGCUUACAUGCCCCGUAUUACUGUCCAAAGUCUCAUUGCAGCUGUGGCUAUAGAGAACUUCUGUAAACUGUUAUUAGGAAAAUAUAAGAUGAAAGUAUGACGUAUGAAUAAGCUAUCGCUAACAACUAUGUAGUGAUUAGUUUGGGGACCAUUCCAGCAAUCUUUUGUUGUAGUAGACACCCGUCAAUAACAAGCUUGGCGAGCUGACCUCAUAUUUAAAGACAAUGGACAGUAGUGCCGGUUAGGUUCGUUCAUGAUGCUAAGUGAUAUCGAACAUUUUGGUGACCAAUAUGGCAUCAGGCAACAAUUUCCGGUAUCGUUUACUACAUCUACAAUGAUUCGGGGGGUUUUACAAAGAGAUCUAAUUAAUAACUGAUGCCAAAUCAAUACAUUCCUGAAUGCCGGCGCAUUGAUAGAUUAAGUAUGAUAGUACUGAAAAAAUACAACACUAAGAUAGGCUAUUUAGACUUACAACAUAGAACAAUUGUGUUGUACCUAUUAUGCGGUUGUCACGCCGAAUUCUUAUGUUAUCCUUGAAGUUGCCUCAAAAAAUCCUGAAGGAAACCCUGUCCACACAUAUUUUGUUCAUUAUUUGUAAAUGUAUCCAGAUCUAUUUUAUUGGUUGUAAAUAUUUUAUUUAUUGCUUAGCUAUGACUCAAAUGCAAGUGGAUUUAAUUAUGUAAACUUUACGCAAGGAACUGCAAACUUGAUAAUAAAUAUAUAAUUUUA